CGCUCUGAGCAUGUGCAGAGCAGCUCGGUCGCUGCUCCUUCGGUCCGAGGCUGGGCCCUGGUGCUGAUGCGAGCAUCCGACUCGACCUCAGCCCCAGCGUGGUCAGCCCUCCCGGCCGGGGAAGCAGCGAAGGAGCCGUAGCCUCGCCGCGGCCCGGGCAGCCGGCACGACCGUGCGCAGCCCUCGGCGGCUGCGGCGCCUUCGGGGCCCAGGAUGAUGGCGGAGCAGGUGAAAUGCGCCUCGGCGGGGGGCGGCUCCGGAGCGGGCUCCGGGCCGGUGGUGAACGCGGAGCUGGAGGUGAAGAAGCUGCAGGAGCUGGUGCGGAAGCUGGAGAAGCAGAACGAGCAGCUGCGGAGCCGAGCGGCCAGCGCGGCAGCCGCGCCGCACCUGCUGCUGCUGCCGCCGCCUCAGCCCGCCGCGCCGCCCCCCGCCGGGGCCUGCAGCCCGUUGGGUCCGCGGAGCCCCCCAGCCACCGCCUCCGCCUCCGGGGGCCUGGGGCUGGGGCUGGCGCUGGGCACCGGGGGCAGCGGCAGUAGCAGCGCCGGCACCAGUCCCGCGUUCCCCGGGACCUACUGCCUGCCCAGCCCCGCGCCCUCCCUUCUCUGCAGCCUGGCGCAGCCCCCCGAGGCGCCUUUCGUCUACUUCAAGCCAGCCUCGGGCUUCUUCGGCGCCGGCGGCAGCGGCCCGGACCCGGGGGGCGCGGGAACGCCUCCGGGGGGACCCCCCGCGCUGCCCUCGCCGCCCCCCACGCUGCUGGACGAGGUGGAGCCGCUGGACCUGGAGAGCCUGGCCUCCUGGAGGGACGAGGACGACUACACCUGGUUGUACGUUGGCUCUUCAAAGACACUCUCCACGUCAGAGAAAUCCCUGAGCCCGUUGCAGUGGUGCAGGCACGUCCUGGAUAACCCGACGCCGGAGAUGGAAGCCGCGAGGCGCUCCCUGUGCCUCAGGCUGGAGCAAGCUGGCCGGUGGCGGAGUCUCUUCUCUUCACAUGUCUCCCUGGCUUUUCCUUAUAGUCCUGUUGCAAGACUCAGCCCUUAUAGCAAUGGCAUUAAUACUCCCAGCUUCUCUAAAACCUCAAAUAAAGCAAUACUAACACCUGAAAGAACAGGUUACACCUCCAGGAGCUCCCCGCUCAGCCCCCAGUCCUCUAUAGACAGUGAGCUGAGUACUUCCGAACUUGAGGAUGAUUCCAUCUCCAUGGGAUAUAAGUUACAGGACCUCACUGACGUGCAGAUUAUGGCUCGUCUGCAAGAAGAAAGUCUCAGGCAAGAUUAUGCUUCCACGUCAGCAUCUGUGUCAAGACAUAGUUCCAGCGUGUCAUUAAAUUCAGGAAAAAAAGGGACAUGUAGUGACCAAGAAUAUGAUCGGUUCAGCCUGGAGGACGAGGAAGAGUUCGACCACCUGCCGCCGCCUCAGCCUCGCCUUCCCAGGUGUUCGCCUUUCCCAAGAGGGAUCCCCCACUCGCAGACUUUCUCCAGCAUCCGGGAGUGCAGGCGGGGCCCCAGCGCCCAGUGUUUCCCUUCCAGCGGCUACCAGCAGCAGCAGCACUGUUACUCGCCCCAGGCCCAGACUGCGGAGCAGCAGCCGGGCAGGACCAACGGAGACAAGCUCCGAAGAAGCAUGCCCAACCUAGCGCGGAUGCCGAGCACCACCGCCGUCAGCAGCGGCGGGGGCUCCCCGGUCACCGUGCGGAACAGCCAGAGCUUCGACUCCAGCUUGCACGGAGCGGGGAAUGGGCUCUCAAGAAUACAGUCUUGUAUCCCAUCCCCAGGACAGCUCCAACACAGAAUCCACAGCGUGGGGCACUUCCCCGUGUCUGUCCGACAGCCUCUUAAAGCUACCGCCUACGUGAGCCCGACCGUCCAAGGCAGCAGCAGCAUGCCUGUGUCCAACGGCCUGCAGUUGUACUCCAGCACCGGGAUCCCCACGCCAAACAAAGCCGCCACUUCCGGGGUGAUGGGCCGCAGCGCCCUUCCAAGACCUUCCCUGGCAAUAAAUGGGAGUAACCUGCCUCGAAGCAAAAUUGCACAACCUGUUAGAAGUUUCCUCCAGCCUCCAAAGCCUCUGUCGUCACUCAGCACUCUGAGGGAUGGAAACUGGAGAGAUGGUUGCUACUGAUGCAGUUUGUGUGCCCUUGAAGAAUGGGGAAGAAGUGGAAAUGAGGGUUGUACGUAUUACCUAGCUGGCUAGGUAACAGUGGAUGUUGGGAUAUUCUUUCCCCUUUGCAUCUUAACAUACUUACUGCAUUGUUUUUCAACGGACCAAUCACCAGAGACUAACUAUUGCACUUAAGCAUUCGCCGGAGAUACUGCAGCGCUCUCGGAUCCAUGCCUGCAGUCGGGGACCCUUAGACCUAGACGUUUUUGUAGAACUGCUACGUACCUGAACACUCUUGGAGAGAAUCAAGAUGUAUCAGUAAUGCUUUCUUUGCCAUAUGAGGUUUUUAAAGUAACUUGUUCACUUUACUUACGUGUUCUAAACAUCUUCCCAUUACGUGUUCUGUAUUUUAAUACAUUGCAUAUUUACAAAUAUGUUUUAUCAAUGUAUGUUUGGAAAUUUUUUAUAGUUUACAGGAAUUUUAUUUUUUGUGCCUAUUUCUUUUUACACCUCUGUGAACCACUAUGAAACAACUUAAAUUUUGUGCCAUAAAAAUAUUUUUGUGGUAAGGUACUAUUUUUUUAGCUCUAGGGAUAAUAUCAACAACAAUCCACCAUACAAUUUGAGAGACAUAAUUUUAUGUUGAAUGAGCACAGCGUAAUCAGAGGCAUUGCGAGGAGACAGCCAGACAGCGAGUUGAGUGGUCUUGUCUUUUUCAUUGUUAAAUUCAUUGUCAUACAUGGGUUUCGUAUUUACAAAAGGCAUCACAAACUCAUUGCACUUAAUAUCUGCAAUUUUGCUACUGUACCACAGCUGAUUUUCAAUCCUUUAUUACAGAGGACGAAACUGUAAUGUUUUAUUAAUUAACAAUGCUUCUGGAAAUGAAGGCAUUUUCAAGCAAAUAAAUCUUUUUGAUAGACCUUUUACAAAACCCAUUUGCACUAAUGAAUGCUUUUCUUAUGGUAUAUGACCUAAUAUUUGUUACUGUGUACCUGCUGUUUUGGAAUGUUCAGAAAUAAAGACUAUUUCAGCAAUA